ACUCCAACGAGUUUUGUCCGGGGUAAAGUGAACAUCACGCUUUGACCAAAAAACGUGAACAUCACGUGUGAAGUAAGUGCGCGUGUUGCUAGCAGAGCGCAUGUUAGCCUCUUCCCCCACCAAUUCGGUGGUGUCCCCCUUGUCCUAUCCUGUCCACAUCUCAAAAUCUGCCGCCCACCACCACCCAAAUAUGUUACCAAACGCCACCACCACCAAACCUAAACCAUUCUUUUUUCUCUUCACCACAAACACCACCUUUUCUCCCACCACAUUCCUCCGCCUCAAUGGCUUCCUCCCCCUCAAACACCACCCUUCCUCCUCUUCCCGAUCCACCCAUCGCCGUACCCCUCGCUCUCCCCGCCCCACUCCCUCUCCCACCUUCCACUCGUCGUCUUCCUCCUCCUUGCUGGUCCCCCGACGAAACCCUCGCCCUCAUCGAUUCUUAUCGCGACAAAUGGUACUCUCUUGGCCGUGGAAACCUGAAAGCCACUCAUUGGCAAGAAGUGGCUGACGCUGUUUCUCAUCGUUGCCCUAACGCUUCUCCGGCGAAAACUCCCGUUCAAUGCCGUCAUAAGAUGGAGAAGCUUCGUAAGCGUUAUCGCACUGAGAUUCAACGUGCUCGCUCACUCCCUCUCUCUCGAUUCAACUCCGCUUGGGUUCACUUUAAACUCAUGGAUUCCAUGGAGAAAGGUCCUUCUCCGGUUAAAUCUGAAAACAACGAUUCAGAUAGCCCCGAUGAUGACGAAGAAGAAGAUCAGGAUCAAGAUCUCUACAUGGAUAUCAAAAACGGCCACGGAUCUAACACUAGAAGCAUCAAUAAAUUAUAUAGAAACGGUUUCGGUGGCGGUAGCGGUGGUGGAGGUGGUGUUGGCGUCGGCGGAGGGUUCAGGAUUAGGUUUCCACCGGCACAACCUGAAUCAAGAUUUCCUUCUGAUCAGAAGUAUAACCCUAAUCUGCAUCACAACUACGGGACGCCGCCGCCUCCUCCGGCUGCCGCAACGAAGGGAAUGGGUAACAAGAGGGAAAGAGAUCCAUUGGGAGAGGUUGUGUCCGCGAUCAAGGUAUUGGGAGACGGGUUUGUGAGGAUGGAGCAAAUGAAGAUGGAGAUGGCAAGGGACAUUGAAGCUAUGCGGAUGGAUAUGGAAAUGAAGCGCACCGAGAUGAUUCUCGAAUCUCAGCGUCGAAUUGUCGAGGCAUUUGCCAAAGCAGUUUCCGACGACAACAACAACGGAAGCAACCACAAGAUGAAGCCUGUUAAUAAGAGAAUCCCCUCACCGCAACAACCAUAAUGUUCAACUUUCAUCAUGAGACUCAAACAGUUUGAUCUAGUAAGUAGCACGAAUUAAGUUUAUGUUUUUGUUGGUUUUUGUUUUGUUUUUGUUAUUUUUGCUUGUUGCCACUUUUUGUAACUCUAUAAAAGAUAUGCAACUUGAUCUGCUUUAGGUUGAUCAUUCGUGAAUCAUGAAUGUAGCUUUAGAUUUUCAGUUUA